AUGGCUCUGCGUUUCCUUGUUCUUCUCAGUGCUUGGAUGGUCCUUGCCCAAGGAUCCUUUCUGCACGGAUCUGAUAUUAUUGGCGCAGAAGCGGAGGUUCCCCAGGAAGGAUACCUGCCUGUCGAAGAUGCUUCAGCGCAUCAUUCCCUUCAUCACGAGCCAUUGUCUGCAGAAGUAGGACACCAUCAUCAAUUAGGACAUCUCUACCAAUCUCAAUCGCAUCAUCACGAGCAUGGACCCCAUCAUCACCUAGAAUCGCACCAUCACCUAUCUGAGUCCCACGAUCAUCAUCAGUUGUCAGAGUCGCAUCAUCUGAUCCACGGAUCUCCGCAUCACCACUAUCACGGUUACCAUCACCACCAACAACUCGAGGCACCAGUUCAUGGCAUUCACGGAUCCCAUCAUCAGCAUCACAUCCACGGAUCCCCUCAUCACCACCACCAUCUGGAGGCCCCAUAUCACGGAACUCACGGAUCUCAUGGUGUACAUCACCUGCUUCAUCAUCGCAACUGCCACGCCACCAUCCACUGCCCCAGGGUUCAUAGUCCAACCUAUGCCACCGAUGGACAUCUCUGCUAUAAGGUGGAGAACUCCUGCGAACUGGCCAUUUUGAACUGUCUGCGCCGCAAUGAACUUAAGCCAGUUUUGAGACACAUCGGACGGCACGAAUGUCAUCAUCUCCCCAGCGCUCACAGGUCCCACUAA